GCAAUGGCCAGCGCUGCGGUGGAGAGCGAUGGCGCACCGAUGGAGAGCGAUGGCGCAGCGAUGGAACGCGUUACAAUGCAGCAAUAGCUAUAGCGAUGGCAACAAUGGAACAGCGAUGCCGAUGGCGCACCGGUGGAGAGCGAUAGCGCAGCAAUGGCGCAACGAUGGAAUAGCGAUAGCGAUGGCGCACCGAUGGAGAUCGAUGGCGCAGCGAUGGAACAGUGAUAGCGAUGGCAGCGAUAGCGAUGGCGCACCGAUUGAGAGAUGGUGCAGCGAUGGAACCAGCGUAGCAAUGGCAGCGAUAACGAUGGCGCAGCGAUGGAACCAGCGUUGCGAUGACGGCGAUAACGAUGGCGUAGCGAUGGAACCAGCGUUGCGAUGGCAGCGACAACGAUGGCGUAGCGAUGGAACCAGCGUUGCGAUGGCAGCGAUAACGAUGGCGCAACGAUGGAACCAGCGUUGCGAUGGCAGCGAUAACGAUGGCGCAGCUAUGGAACCAGCGUUGCGAUGGCGCAAUGAUGGCCAGCGCUGCGAUGAGAGCGAUGGCGAUUGUCAGCGCUGCGAUGGUCAGGCGAGUGCGACGGCUGCGAUGGGGGAUAUAGCUUUGUGUCGCGAUGGCGAUGAGCUAAGCGCAUCGAUGGCAAUGGUGCAUGGCGAGCGUUGGCGAUGGCGAUGAGCUAAGCGCAUCGAUAGCGAUGGUGCAUGGCUAAGCGCAUCGAUAUCCAACGU